AUGUUUACUCAUGUUAUCCGACGUUGUUUUAUACCAUGUCUUAUUCGACGAUCACUUUCAAUAGUUCCAAACAAUUCUACUGUACCUUCAUCACCCAUACGUAUUUGUAUCGUCGGUAGUGGUCCUGCUGGUUUUUAUUUGACACAAAAUUUACUAAAACUUAAUCAGACAAUUCCAACAACAAUUGAUAUCAUUGAAAAAGCACCUGUACCAUUUGGCCUUGUUCGAUAUGGUGUGGCACCCGAUCAUCCUGAAGUAAAAAAUGUUAUAAAUACAUUUACAAAAAUAGCUGAACAUGAUCAUGUACGUUUUAUUGGAAAUGUUCAUAUUGGUAAAGCAAUUGGAUUAAAAGAAUUACAACAGUUUUAUCAUAUUAUUGUUCUUGCUUAUGGUUCAUCUGUUGAACGUAAUUUAAAUAUUCCUGGUGAGACAACAUUAUCAAAUAUUUUUUCUGCUAAAGAUUUUGUUGGAUGGUAUAAUGGUGUACCAGAAAAUGCUCAACUUCAACCACAACUUGAUCAUACAGAUCGAGCUAUUAUUAUAGGAAUGGGAAAUGUAGCACUUGAUUGUGCUCGAAUUCUUCUUUCAUCUAUUGAUGAUUUAGCUAAAACAGAUAUUACUGAUGUAGCACUUGAAACACUUCGCCAAAGUCGAAUACGACACGUGAUACUGGUUGGUCGACGUGGACCUAUGCAAGUAUCAUUUACUAUAAAAGAAUUUCGUGAACUUACCAAAUUAAAUGGUGUAAAAUCAAUGUUAAAUAAAGAAGAUUUUAAUCAAAUUGAUCAAAGUAUGAUUGAAAAAUUAGAACGACCCAGAAAAAGAUUAACUGAAUUAAUGUUAAAUACAGCUCGAACAAAACAAUCGAAAGAUAAUGCUGAACGAUUUUGGUAUUUAAAAUUUUGGCGUCGUCCAAAACAAUUACAUGGAGAAACAAUUGUUGAAAGUGUUGAUUUUGAACAUACAGAACCUGUAGCUAAUAGUGAUUUUUCUGAUGCAAAUCUAUCCGUUCAACAAAAUGAAACAGUAGAAACAAUACCAUGUGGUCUUGUCAUUAAAAGUAUUGGUUAUUAUGGUGUCCAAAUUGAUCCAUGGUUACCAUUUGAUGAAAAACGUGGUAUUAUUAUAAAUCGACAAAAUCGUAUUGACGAUCGACCUGGAUUUUAUUGUACUGGUUGGAUUGGACGAGGAGCUCGAGGUGUUAUUGCUGAAACUACAACAGAAUCCCAUACAGUUGCUAAACGAAUUAUGGAAGAUAUUGAACAAGGUCAUUUGACUAAUUUACAUGAUGUUAAAUCAGGAGGUGAUGGUUUAAUAGCACUUGCUAAAUCUCGUCAAAUUCGAUGUGUUUCAUAUGAUGAUUGGAAAAGAUUAGAUAUACAUGAAACAAAUCUUGGUCAUGCCAAAGGAAAACCACGUGAAAAAAUAGUCAAUAUUCAAAGAAUGCUUGAAUUAACUGCAUGUUAA